AUGCGUCUUGUCAAUGUGGCUGCUUUUGCCUGCGCUGUAAUUAGUGCCAGCGCAUUCGAAUUCCCCGACUUUGUCCCUCUGCACCGACGCCAGGACCCCGGCACUCCUGCGUACGAAUGUCACGCCAACUGUGGCGGCGUAAUUACCGCCGGCCGUACUAACGGAUACUGUGAUGCCGACGACUUCAAGACCGAAUUGACCGAUUGCUUGAACUGUGCUGUUGAGUUUGAAAUUUGGAAGUAUUACGGUGGCUCCGUGUCUAAGGCUGCCACUGCAUGUGGAUUGGAUGCCACCCCGGUCGAAGCGUCUUCAACCUCAGCUGGAGCACCUGCUAUCUCGGCUGAAAGGUCUUCUACCGUUACACCUGUUAGUGCUACCACUACAGAGAAGAGCGUAAAUCUCACUGUGACGACUGAUGCGGUCACCUCCUCUACUGGUACUACGGUCACUUCAACUUCCGUGAGCCCCCCGCGUGUUUCUGGUUCUUCUCGCCCAUCGUCAUUGAUUCCUUCGGCAAUACCUGCUGGAAGCUCGACUGUUAGCACCCCUUCCUCCUCUCCCGUAUACACUGGUGGUGCUACGAUCAAUGCGGGCAGUGGAUUGGUCUCUGGUGCUUUUGCUGGUUGUCUUAUUGCAGCCUUCAUGUAA